GUGACGACAUAAUCUCAUUUGGAAUCUCUGAGGUGUGUGAAAACAAAGCGCCAAAUUAAAUCAACCCCAUCGAUUUUCCACGUAACAGAAGCCCUAAAAGUGACCAAAGUAAGCAAUUACCCAGUAUAUAAGGAACAACCUCCACGGGGACAAGCGUUAAACUUCUGGUGAUUUUAUAGUUGAAUUCAGCAGAAUACAGAGGAUAAUUUCCCAAAAAAAAAUCUACUGUUCUAUCAAGUGAUAAAGUGUUGUAAAGUUCUUUAAGAAAUCUUCAAAUAUGGUUGUUGCUGUGAAAGUGUUUAAGAAGACCACCCCCAAUGGGAAGUUUACGGUUUAUCUGGGAAGGCGAGACUUCAUUGACCAUGGAGACUAUUGCGACCCCAUCGACGGAGUUGUAGUGGUUGAUAGUGACUACCUCCGUGGCAGGAAGAUCUUCGGUCAACUGGCUACCACAUACCGCUAUGGUCGUGAAGAGGAUGAAGUCAUGGGAGUCAAGUUCUCCAAAGAAAUGGUCAUCGCUAAGGAACAAAUUGUGCCCAUGGUGAACCAGAAGAUGGAGAUGACUCCGAUGCAGGAACGCCUAGUUAAGAAACUGGGUUCUAACGCCUUCCCCUUCACCUUCCAAUUCCCAUCUAACUCCCCCUGCUCCGUCACUCUCCAGGCCGGAGAGGAUGAUCAAGGCAAACCUCUGGGAGUUGAGUACUCAAUCCGAACGUACGUGGGAGAAAAUGAGGAUGACAAAGGACACAAACGUAGUCAAGUUGGACUAGUUGUCAAGAAGCUUCAGUAUGCUCCUCCAACCCGAGGUCGUAGACUCCCCAGUUCCCUCGUUAGCAAGGGCUUCACCUUCUCCCAGGGCAAAAUUAAUCUAGAAGUCACCCUGGACCGUGAGAUCUACUACCAUGGCGAGAAAAUUGCCGCCAAUGUAGUCAUUACCAAUAACUCCCGCAAGGCCGUUAAGAACAUCAAGGUCUUCGUGGUGCAGCACUGUGAAGUGACCAUGGUCAAUGCUCAAUUCAGUAAGCAUGUUGCCUCACUGGAGACUCGUGAGGGAUGCCCUAUCACACCCGGGGCCAGCUUCACCAAGACCUUCUACCUUGUCCCUCUGGCUUCGAGCAACAAAGACCGCCGCGGAAUUGCUCUAGAUGGCCAUCUCAAGGAUGACGAUGUCAACCUAGCAUCGUCAACUCUCAUUUCUGAGGGCAAGAGUCCAUCAGACGCCAUGGGCAUUGUGAUAUCCUACUCCGUUAGGGUCAAACUUAGCGCUGGAACUCUUGGCGGCGAACUCGUAACCGAUGUGCCUUUCAAACUUCUCAACCCAGCACCAGGGACCAUUGAAAAGGAGCGGGUCAAUGCCAUGAAAAAGAUGAAGUCCAUUGAGCGUCAUCGCUACGAAAACUCCCACUAUGCUGAUGAUGAUGACAACAUCGUCUUUGAGGACUUUGCCCGUCUCCGAAUGAACGAGCCUGAGUAAGGGGUUUACCUCGGAGUCACCAAGCCCCCAAGAAAAUUGGAAGGAAAAUCAAAGAAUUUAACAGUGAAAUAAAACGUAUAAAAUCUCCAGAAGAACGAUAAAAAAAACGAACGAACUUCAUUUGCCCGGCGAAUGGAGUAUUGAACAUAAUUUUUAAGAUGCUGCAUUCCCUUAUCCGUUCACUCAAUCUGGAUUAUCCCUUUUUUUGAUUUUCACACACGAAACCAAAAGCUUCCAAUCCAAAAUUGUGCUCAAUAAAGUGUUUUUGGGUUGAA